AUGGAGUCAAUUCAAUCAUGGGUUUCAAAACACAAACUCGCCACAGUUGGUGGACUUUGGGCAUCUGGAAUUGGAGCAACACUUGUAACAUAUUCACGUACAAAAUCUCCAUUGAAGCCAAGUCUUAGGCUUAUCCAUGCUAGAAUGCAUGCUCAGGCACUAACAUUGGCAGUACUGUCCGGUGCGGCGGUUUAUCGCUAUUAUGAGAAUCGCGUUGUCGAGACAAAACAAGAGGCGGAGAAUGUUCAUGCUCCAAGUUUGGUUCAAAUGGGUGACUGGGAGAUUCUUUGUCCUUAUUAA